CCUCCCUCAGAUCAGCUCUUCCCUCCAAGCCAUCGGAGGAGCCUUCGGAUGACGAGCUGAUCAGGGCGGUAGUUGACAUGGAGGAGUAAGGAUAUGACCUGGCAGCCUCAGAUGUACAGGCCCCUCUCCCGCUCCAUCCACCUCCCGCCACCCCCUCCUCCGCACCACAGAAGGGGGCUGGUGUCUCUGCUGUGCUGGGCGAGCCCACGGACGAGGAGCUGCUGGAGGCCACGCAGGAACAGGACCACGCCCUGCGACCUCCAGCAGUAGUCCAGCCUGCACUAGCUCCCUCCUCGCUACCGCAGCCACGGCUUCCCCCGGAGCUGCUCCCGGACAGGAGGAGUUGCCGGGGCCAGCCUUCCUCCCUCCUCUGCCACGUGAGCUGCUGCCCGUGUCCUGGCGGGCAGCUCUCACUGUGGAGCAGCAGCAGUGGAUCGGUCGGGUGCUGUUCACCAGGGACCAGUGGGGGAGGCCGAGCCUCAUCCCAGACUUGAAUCUGUGGUGGAACCCCCCCCGAAUCCCGGCCGAUCUACCACCAGCCUCCCGCGUCCCCCGACCCCUUCUUUGCAUGUCGGCUGUUUCUCUGGAUGCCACACCGGAUCUGGCGUCUGCAGCUGACAUGCCCCCAGCCUUCAUGCACCGGGUCCAUGGUGAAGGCUGGGCUGUACAGGACCAUCCGGAGGGUCCUGGACAUCGACGGCUGGUAUCUCAUGGCCACCGAGUACCUGGAGUGCCUUCGAUGCAAGAAGAAGGUCGGCGGGUGGUCACAGGGCAUCAUCAGGCAGCUGGCCCCCACCUACAGCCGCCAGUUCCCAGCAGUACUUACGUACAAGCUGUCCUGUGACCAUAGGGUGGUUACCCAGCUGAAGUCCCGCACUCUGGGCAACAGUGCCACUCAGUUGUGUAACACCCUGCGGGAGCAGCACUCAGACGCCUGGAUGCGGAGAGCGAUCCAGUACCUCGGCGUGUGCGAGCAGUUCCUGGCCUUGUGCAGCGUGAGGGGGCAGUUUCCACCACCGCCCACAAUGCCCACUCUGCCCUCACCCAUCUGGCUGCUGACGGUCUACGGCUACGACAUAAUGACGCGGCUGGAUGAGUACAAGGCCAGGAUCACGUCCACCUUCGGAUCCAUCCUGAAGAUGGAUUCCACCAAGAAGGUGACGAAGAAGCUCGCCGGUAUCGCUUCCGACACGGCCGCCUGGGUUACCAACGUUGGUAACGAGUACGGGCAGGUCCUCAUCAGCGUCCCCACCUGCUCCGAGGGCGCAGAGGGCCUGUCCAGUAUGGCGGCCGGACUGAUGAGGCGGUACCGACUCGCCGAGGUACCACCCCGCCAGCUGAUCUACGUGGAUCGGGACUGCUGCAACAGAGACGGCGUGUCAAAGACAGCUGCCUUGUUUCAGGAGUGGGGACAGCUUGUGGUGAGACUGGACAUCUGGCACCUGAUGCGACGUUUCGCAGCAGGUGUCACCACAGAGAGCCACGAGCUGUACCCCGCCUUCAUGAGGCAGCUGUCUCUGUGCAUCUUCGAGGUGGACUCCGGAGAUGCCCGCCGUCUCACUGAAGCCAAGCGGUCCCAGCUGGAGGGGAAGCACGGGAUGGUCGGCCUGACCGACGCCGAGGUGAUCCAGAAGAUCACCAGGGAGGAGUGGAGGCUCCACUGCCGUCGUCGGACGCGUGGGGCGGAAGAGACGGCGCUCCUGAUCCAGGAGCUCCUCUAAACCUU